CCGUUCGAUUAUUGGUGGCUUUUGUUGCCCUCUGUGGUUGGGCUUUUCCUGCUAGCUAUUCAUUUGCACUUCAGACAUUUGAAAGGAUGAUUCUUGUGGAGGUUUUUAUUAACAGAUAACGGAGGUGGGCGUGUGGUCAAUUUUAGGCGGAUAUGGCGCCCGAGUCUCGGCAUUUCUGGGGGUGCGCAUUUCCGAUGUUCCUGGCUGAGAUCGUCUUCUUUCUGUACAAAAGUGGGGAGUCAAUGCUGGACGCCACCACGCGGCCGUACAUCGUCAGCAUCGUGUGCCACCAGAACUUUCCCGCUAACGACACGGUCUGUAGGAACUUACAUCACUACCCGGAAGUGGAGGACAGUAUCCAAGGCGAGGCCGGAACAUAUCUCAUUUACUACCGGAUAUUGGUCAACGUACCAGCCAUAUUUCUGGGUUUGUUUUGCGGCGCAUGGAGUGACAAGUAUGGUCGUAAGAUACCCAUGAUUCUGCCCAGCAUUGGCAGCGUGCUAUCAGUGUUGUUCUACAUGCUAAGUUUAGCCUCGGUUGACAGCGCCAUAUCCUUCGUGAUGAUAGGAGCAUUCACACAAGGGGCGCUCGGUAAGAGUUCACUCAUCACGAUGGCAGUCAACAGUUACGCGUCAGACAUCACCGACAAGGAAGACCGGACUCGGAAACUUGGCAAACUGCUUGCCAUGAAUUUCUUCGGGUUGUUUGUUGGUGCGCUAAUGGCAGGGCUGUUCCAGGACAUGUCAAAUCUCCCGGCGGCAUUUUGCACAGUGGUGUUUAUCCACGCAUUUGUGGUUCUGAUCACGCUGAUUGCCAUGCCGGAGACCGUGCCCUUUCUUGUCGAGAGAGACGACGGAAUGGUCGUAAAGGAAAAUAAAUCCAAAUGUUUUGGAAUUUAUGAAAACAUUAAAGAUUCGGUAUGCGUCUUAUCCAAAGAGCGUGUCAACAAAGGAAGGAAAGUAAUUUUGAUAUUAUUUUUGAUAUCAUUGCUAAAUCAAACAUGCAAAGUUGGUGAAACUGAUAUAACAUUGCUAUUUGUGACCAGAAGUCCACUCAGUUGGCCGAAGUCUUGGUACGGAUAUUUAUUAUCUAUGGACUACGCUGUUAUGGGAGUUUGCCUGAUUAUAGUUUUACCAAUUUUGUCUAACGUUAUAAAAUUACCGGACGGAGGAAUAGUAAUUAUAGGGCUUUGCUGCAAGAUAGUUCGCCUGUUUUGGGCGGGCUUUAUUCGAGAAUCGUGGAUGGUGUAUGUUUCUGUUGUCAUAGGAGCAUUCGCUGGUAUGAUAACGUCAUCCAUUCGCUCGCUUAUCAGCAAAGCCGUCGAAGAAAACGAGAUGGGAAAAGUAUUCUCUCUACUCGCGGUCGCGGAGACGGCCUCCAAGCUCCUAGGGACGCUGAUUUUCGUAUCCAUGUACGGGGCAACGGCGUAUUUCUUCCCGGGAUUCACGUACCUGGUUGAGGCUAUCGUGUACGUCGGCAUGGUGAUCAUCGUUGGACUCUUGUACCGAGACAUGAAGCGGGUGGGCACAGUGGACCUUAUCCUCGCAUUCAGUGAGCACUCCGUGUACGGCUCCGGCGGCGGUGACAAAACUAGGCUGCUCGCCGCCAAAGGCCAGCUCGAGAUCGUCGACGAGCUUGAAGAAGAGAUCCAGGUCCCCCAGCCGCUUCCUGCACACACUCCUUGACGUCACGCGUACCCUGCUAUGCUAGGUUACUGUUUCUAUGUUAUAAAGCAGUGACUGUUGCUAAAUACAACUUGCAUGUAGUGUAUCCAUGUAGUGCGUCGAAUGGA